AUGGCGACCAGAGUUGCCGGUUCGCUGUGUCUGGCCACUGGAGUUGGGGAGGAGAUGAUUGCCAGCAGUAUGAAAGACUAUGAAGAGAAGGCAGUGUCACUGGCACUAAAUCGGGCAAAGCUCCAGGAUCUUACCGACAGGCUCAAGGGAGUCCGUAUGAGUUGCCCUUUAUUUGAUACGUCCCGCUGGGUGAGGAACCUUGAGCGGGCAUAUUUCAAGAUGUGGAAUAUAUAUUGUUCUGGUCAACAUCCUCAGCACUUUAAAGUGACUGAGAAUGAUUCUGAAUUUCCAUAUGACCAAUAGAGAGCUAGGACAGAUAGAGACACAGGAUUGUGUAUAUAUAUGAAAGAGAUAUAAAAUUAUUUUGAAGGCUAGGUUGGUUGGUCUGGAUGAUGCAGCAGUGAUGUUGUGUACGAAAUAUGAUAGUUUGGAACUGGGUCGGGAUUCACCAUCAUGUGGCAUAGAGCUUCCAUUUCAACUGUGAUCUCUCUUGGGGUUAAAGAUAUAGAAAAUGCUAUUUGUCAUGCCCAUAGGUUACAUUUCUUUGUGCAGUUUCUAUCAUUGUCAUGAGAUGCAUUGCGUACUCUUCAAAUGGCACUACACGCCUCCGCAAAAUGUAAUGCUGGGAUGUAGAGGUGAUAGGGUCAGUUGCUUAAAUUGUCAUGCUGGUAGGCCCUCCAGUUUUUUAAGGCAUUGAGAAAAGGUUCUGGGUGUUGGGAAGGCGGAUGCUCAGUGGGUAAACUGGUCUCAGCCCUUUUUCUAAUCUCACUGGCACCGUUUGAAGUUCGUCUAUGUGUGGUUGCAGCUGAUCUUUGAUAGGGGAAGUGGGUUGCAAUUUGAACACCAUUGCCUUACAAAAGCUGCUGUCGAAAGCUAAUACCGGACGUUGCAAUUUGUCCUUUGUGUUUGCUUUUGUGCAGGCCUUGGCUAUUAAUCGUGUUCCUCGAAAUCUGUGGUUGAAAAGUUUUGUUCCACUUGGACCAUUGAAAGAGAAGAAUGUUUGCCGUUACUGCUCGGAAAUUGUGUUCUGUUUGCCCACGAAAUAGAGUGAAGAAAGUUGGGGGCACUAUCAUCAUGCAGAACAAAUGCAACACCAAAUACCUUGGCGAUACAACUUUGGUUAUUCUUUCAUCAAAUAUGAAGGAUAAGAGGUUGGUGCUAAGAAUUCUACUAAGCCACUGGUGGGCCACAUCUUAGAUGUUUAUCUUGGGGUUUUUCUGCUGGAAAUCAUAUUGUCAUUGGUUUUUUUUUUCUCUCUCAUGCCCCUCCUUGCCCACUGUAACCCAGUCGGAAAAUGGAAAAGAAUAACUUUGGGAGAGAAAAACCAAGGAGGGAAAGAGGGUAGGUAUGGGGUCUUGAAGGGGGAGGAAGGGUAGGUUCGGGUGCAACUAUUUAUGUGAGGUAAAAAAAAUUGAUACAACUUGAUCAAGCGUUCACAGUUGGAAAAAAGAAGGGGUGUUCAUAAGAAAAUAAUCUAAGAACU